AUGCCCUAUAUCUUUCCGGAAAUCAAUCGAUUAGUUUCUCAGUUGACAAUGAACAACCAUCUGAGGCGUCAAGUGUUUCUGACGCGCCUCCGAAUCAUUUCUUCAGAGUGGGAGGAUCAGUUUGCUGAUCUUUUCCUUCCUUGCUUCCCAGAGGAAACGAGCUCCCAAUACCAGGAAAGACUUGCAUAUGGCAAGGAGAUCUUCUUACAUCCGAUAAUUGAAGGUCUGGAAAAGAUUGUGGGGGACAAGGGCAUACGAGCAACUGGCUUCAGACUGUCUUCUAUUUCAUUCGGUGCAAUUGAGAGCCUCCUCGUGAAGGAAUAUACAUGGAGGAUGAUCAUCCAUGGCGUGACGGGUGCACUCGUGGAGUCGCCUUGCCAUUUUGACCUCGACAACCCCACCAGUGACAAGGAUGUAAACGAUUGCCUCCAAAGGUAUUAUGAAGAAUUUAAAUUUAUCCCUCCUUCCGAGAGAGAGGAGGGUCUACCAGAGGUCUUGAAAGAAGAGGGAAUUGAUACCGACUCUUGGAUUGCAAAAGCUACCCCGUAUAAUGCUCUCAUACCAGCUGCCAUAUCCUUCAAAAUGUUUUGCCCUCCCAUUGUCUCUCCAGAGAUGAUCAUGUAUCACAAGAAUGCAAUCCGCAGUGAGCGCAAGCCAUUCAAGCAAGGGGUUUAUCCCGAUCUUUGGUACAACCUUUCUGUAUAUGAAAAGGGUGGUGCUAUAGUGACUGGGCAGCUUAUUGACGAGAAGUCUGUUCCAAUUCCUGACUCAAUUUUCUGA